AUCCCGUGUUUUCUUUGCCUUUUAUGUCACAUAAGUUUAUAUGUAAGUGAUACAAAAUACCAAAAAUAAUGAAUUCAUGAUAUGGGAUUGAUAAGGAACUUGAAUUUAUAUUGAAAGUAAUUCAGUUUAGUCAUUCAUUCAAUUUCUGGUAUAGAUGCAAACGUAAUGUUAUGUUAACAAAAACAGUGCUAUAAUUUACGCAGUCAAUAUAAAAGACUGUAAUAAUUUGUUAGUUACAAUAAGAAAGUCUUGUUAUUAUGUCUGAGAUAUAAGAGUUACGGAAACAACGAAGAUUUUUGAGAAUGGUGACUAUAUUGGACAUAUUGAAUGAAGACUGCUGGCGACUUGUACUGAACUUGUUGGCCACUGAAGAUGUUAUCAGGUCAGAGCGAAUCAGCCGUGGUUGGCAGGAUGUAAUCUUCCGGUACCUUCAGGAUGUUGGUAUAAGCAUAGAAUAUCCCUGGUAUGGUCACAGGGCUUCACGUACCCAACGCAUACUAAAAAUGGAGGAAGAUGAUCCGGAGAAGUUUAAACAAUUAACAAGGAAAUGGGGCUCCUGCAUCAAGAAAACGGAUUGUGUAAAUGAACACAGUUUGGAGGUUAUACGAAAGAACUGUCCUGAUUUAGAAGAUGUUACGUUUUAUGGAUUACAAGAAGAUGCCUUAUCAAGUGGAUCAACAAAGACCUUCAAGAAGCUAAAGCGAGUACAUUUCAGGGGCUGCGAUUCUGUAAGGAUACUUCAUACACAUUACGUUAAAACAUCGAAUUUCAAAGAAUGCUUUGCUUUUUGUGGUCUCUACUGCUUUAUACUAAAGGCUUAUUAUGGAAAUACAUGCUGUAUGAAUAAAAAACAGUUGACAGAUAAGUGCGUCAGGCAUUGGCUGAUGAACUACAACAUCGAGGAAUUGGUUGUUUGGGGUGCUGAAGAAAUUACUGGAAAGUGCUUGGUAACUCCACACUCUGCAAAACUAAAGGGUCUAUGCUUUAAAGAGUGUGAAGCAUUGGAUUUCCGUCAUCUACUCUCUGCUGCGAAACACCUAACGCAUUUAAAGAAAUUUGAACUGGUAUAUGUUCCUAGAGAAAUCUUUCAGAAUGUCCAUUCUGUAUUGGAUAAGCUCCCCGAAUUAGAGGAUUUAUGUUUGCGUUGGGAAAAGAAGAUGGAAUUGGGAGAUGAUUGGGCAGAGUCUAUUGGACGGUUGAGAUUACGACGUUUGGAUGUGAGCUUCAACCCUAAUGUGACGGAUGAGUGGCUGGAAAAGGCGUGCUGUGGUUUUGGACGGCUCAAUGACCUGUAUUUAGAAGGUUGUUUAGGUGUGACCGGACGUGGGGCAAAAGCGGCAUGUAGCGUGGCGGGCCCGGCGCUGCAACGUCUGCAGCUCGGCUCCAACGUCAAGAUCAACGAUACCUGCGUCGAGGAGAUCGUCCGGACCUGCCCCAACCUCGUGUGGAUCAAUUUAUCCUACUGUUAUGGUAUAACGGGUGACAUCGUGGCGCGGUUAGGAAAAGCGCGAGGUGUUCGAAACAGAAAGAUGCGGCUCAUAGUCCAGGGCACCGUGGUCGAGGGAUUUGGCAAGGAUAAGUACCCGUGGCUCAUCUUGGACUUCGAAGACUGAGGCUACAUCGAGAUAUAAAGAAAUUGUGAAUAGCGCAAGACAACGUAGACGACGACGAAAUACGAUUAGGUCCUCAUUUCAUAUGGCUUAAAGUUACAAAUAUAAGUUUUAUUUUAUUUUAUUAUAAGUAAUAACCGGCGACACUGACAUGGUAUAGAUAUUUAGAUAUUAUAGGGGUGAGAGUCAGAAUGGCGGGUGUACCUAAAUAAAAUUAAAUGAAAACCAUACCAUAUUUUUGUACCUAAUUCGUACUAUUUAGUACCUUACGGUACACAAAGUUAUCAUCAAAAAACAGUACACCCGCCAUCCUGACAGUCAAAAUGGCGGGUGUACUUUAUUAUGCUAUAUUCCCGUGGUGACUUCACGCCAAAGCUAGUGCUGCCCUCUACAGUUUACGUACGGUUUAUUGUGCAUUGUAGGUUCUGCCAUCUUGUGGGCUACAUUGGAAUCUUAAACUUGACUUUUACACUUCGCGCCAAUAAACGGGACACCUGUGGUGACCCCUACAGUUCAUGCACCUUCUCUAUAGUCUGGGAAACCAGUUUUUUUCAGUAGAAGGCAACAAAUUUCGAUCACUCACACGUGAUUUGAAUUUCGCGCCUUUUUCAGCUGACAAAUUUGUUUGCCAGACUAUAGUUUUAGGGUCGGCAACGCGCAUGUCAUACCUCUGGUGUUGCAGGCGUCCAUAGGCUACGGUGAUUGCUUACCGUUAGGCAGGCCGUAUGCUUGUUUGCCACCGACGUGGUAUACAAAAAAAAUAGUACGCACACAAAAUUAUUAUGACGCUAUUAAAUUUAUAAACCUCUGUCAAAUCUAUUAUAAUUGUUUGUCCCUGUCUAUCAUUUUGACAUUUCUGUUUGUUAUAAAGAGAGAUAAAUUAACUGAGGUUUGCAAGAGGUUGCUUAGUUUAAUGAAUGAGGGAUACUGUCUAAAGCAGCAAUUACAUUAGAUCAUAUAGAUAUAGGACGUCAUGCUCACCAGCAACCCCACAUUGCAUUUUGGCAUUUUUUAUUAUAUGGGCUCUCGUUUAGUAAGUAGAGCCUGAUAAGAUAAGCCUCCGGGGGGAAAGCGUCAACUUUGCUCCCGCUGCGCUAAACGAAGUUGCCGCUUUCCGCCUCCGUCGAGCAGAAAAAUUGUAUGUGCACCACGGGAGGAAACGUUGGACAUUCCAUCCCGCGUGUUUGCCACCCUCGCCUUCGGCUCGGCUAACCACGGUGACCCAUACCCUGAGCCAUGUCAAUAACUUCUAAAAUAUACAUAUUUUUGGUAUCUUUGAAAUAUGGAUUUAUCGGUUUGCUUGCAAUGCGCAUGUAUCUAGAAUUUCAGUAUAUUUACUUUAUUGCACUGAUAGUAAACCAAAAUUGAAUAUUCUAGGCUCUAUUUUCAUUAAAAAAACGCGUUUAGAAUUUUUAUCGUAAUAUACCUUAUAUAAAUGGUUGUUAACUUAGUGGAUACGUACGUUAUUACGUCAAAUUAUGUUUAAAUCAGGAUUUAUUCAUGACUCAGAUGUGAGUCACUGGCCCUGCGGAACUGUUUGAGCAUAACCCAUACGCUGAGUCGCUGGCCCUGAAUGGGUUAAGAGGAAAGGGGACGGCCGUUUCUCCAUAUAAACGUAGUCCCCAUAUUCCACUCUGGAUAUUGUAAUUAUAGAAAAUAUUUUUAUAUAAUUUGAUGUAUAUUAACCAUAGCUAUGCCCUACGUUGACUUUUAGAUGUUUUGAUUAUUGUAAAAGUUAGAAGCAAAAAACAGAUUUCAUGCAAUUUUUAAAUGCUUUUAACUCUUAUAAUAAGUAAAAUUCGAAAAACUUUCGAUUUUUUCCUCCUCCACAGUCGCUACCGCGAAAACCGAAAUUUGCAAAUUGCGGGGAUCUUUCUCUUUUACUCCCACAAAGACGCAAUUUGAGUGAAGAGCCAAUUACAUCUACACUUCGAUUUAGGGCCCGAAAUCAGUCCCGAUUUUGGGCCUGAGAAUCGUUUUCGUUUCACGGAAUAUCAGCACAUCAUUAACAAUAUUUGAAAUGUAAUUUUCAAAUUGCGGGGAUCUUUCUCUUUUAAUCCCACAAAGACGCAAUUUGAGUGAAGAGCCAAUUACAUCUACACUUCGAUUUCGGGCCCGAUUACAUUUCAAAUAUUGUAAACGAUUUGACGACCGGUUUGGCCUAGUGGGUAGUGACCCUGCCUACGAAGCUGAUGGUCCCGGGUUCAAAUCCUGGUCAGGGCAUUUAUUCGUGUGAUGAGAAUGGAUGUUUGUUCCUGAGUCAUGGGUGUUUUCUAUGUAUUUAAGUAUUUAUAAAUAUUUAUAUAUUAUAUAUAUCGUUGUCUAAGUACCCUCAACACAAGCCUUACUGAGCUUACUGUGAGACUUAGUCAAUUUGUGUAAUAAUGUCCUAUAAUAUUUAUUUAUUUAUGUGCUGAUAUUUGGUGAAACGGAAAAAUACUCUUGCUCGGGCCUGAUAAACUGUGGAUGUAAUUGGCACUGUGGAUCUACAUCCAGUGUGUGCAACUAGAACUACACCAUACAAUAGGUACUCUAAUGAGUAAUAAAAAAUAAAUACUCCCAA